GUUUGCCCUUUUUGAUACUGAUACGUUAUUUUUUAGAAACGUUAGCUCUAUCUAUCCGCGAUCUUUGUUUUGCACAGCGCGCCCCUCCCUCGCGUUUUCUCCCCGAUCAUUUUCUGUCCUUUUGUACAUUUUUUCGAGUGUAGUAAGAAAGUACAUGUCCGAAUAAACUUUGUAAGUGCUACUGUUGCUUUUUGAAUUGUGUGAUACAUAGCAAGUGAAUUUGUCUCUUUCCAUGCAAUUAAUUGGCUCGAGUUCUCGUUUCGUAGGGAAGCAGAAGCUUGAGUGGAGAGGUAUCGAUAUUUCCAACUCCGUCUUUGUCUAAGGUAGCACAGGAAUUUCUUAGUUCAGCCAUAACCUCGGCUGGGAAAGAUGGGGGUCUCGCGUAUCAUUGGUUCAAUUUUGCUUGCGGCAGCAACGGGAGUCCAGGCUUUGGGAGCAUGCUCGGCAGAAUCCUGCACGGCAGAUGGAAGUAGAGACGCUUCUUUAUUUUCAGCAUGAUUCUACGUGAUGCGUGGGAAUGAGCAGCAACUGCACACGCUAUAGUUAAGAGCAUGGGGAUAAUUCAUUCUAACGCUAACUACAUACCAGAAUCACUGCAAGUUGCAUUUAGGUUGAGCUCGAAAUCAAAACAGAUUGCGAGGAGCGCAGUUGCCAAGUAAUGGGACCAGCCGACCCGACGAAGAAAAGUGCUAACGGAUUUAUCAUCUCCUGUACGGGCUGACGCUUAAAUGCAGAGCACAAUGCUGCGCUGAAAUCAUGGCUUCACGGAAAUCACGUCGAGAAGUACGACGGGCUGGAAAUGGUAUUUCUAAAUUGUUAGCGGUGCUCUUGGGCUUCGAGAAAUAAAAAAGACUUUCCUCCGUCAUAGGUUUAGCUUCUGCUUUAGGAUGAAGAAUGUGAAUGCAUUCCCAAAAUCAAAGAAAUACAAAUCUCUCACAGAAAUGGGAGCAAGGACACAAUCCGGAGUUGCACGUAGGGUCGGAAGUCACAGAUCUAAAUGGGUACGACGAGAACUCCCUGACGCAGCUUUUGCGACAAAAGGGCUUCCUCAUGUCCGACGAACUGUAGUACAUGCCGAAGGUCUCCUCCUGGUAUUCCCAGAUGUGCAUGUUUCUACGGUUUGCAAGAACAUUUUCCAGCGACACACGACCCGACAUUGAAUGCAUACCACACGUUGGAUGUUUUCCCGCCUGUUUGCCUAAAAUCGUACUGCGGCUUUACUUCGUGCACCGAGUGCUUAUCAUGGAGUCUGCUGUACCAGACCCAGAGCGCACAGGAGUAGGCACCAGCAGAGGAGCCAGGUGGCUGCGCAGGUGAAUAGAGACCGAUAGUUUUUCGCUUUCCCUUUUGUAGAGAAGCGUCACUCUCGAACACAUUGUGACGGCACUCGAUCGCUCAUUUUUCAAGGUGAGACUUACCGAUUCGGUGUGCCUGAUUUGUCAAUCUAAUUUCUUUUUGCUCACAGCGCAGCACUAGAACUGGAUUUUUCUGAAGAUGUCAGCGAGUACAGGAAUAGCCGCAGAUGAAGUAUGAUGACUGUUGCGAGAAAUAUGACACCAUGUUUACAGUCGUAAAAAUCUAUCUUUUUUGUUGUUGUUGUUGAUUGAAUGACCUAUCAUGAAUGGAUGCAUCAAAAACCUUUCCCAACCUUUUUGCAUCCGCGUGUCAUCAUGGAGCAAUAAAAAAGUAAAGGCGGUGCCACGAUGGCUUUGUUCCGGUAGCUGAAUGAUAUGGCUAACAAGGUUGCCACUGCUGAUAAGGAUGUUCGCAAAAAAGAAGAUGCUUGUAAUAGCAGAAAACGGCGGGAUCGUGAAUUCGAUCGAAGGCAGAAAUAAAUGGAAGGCAGAAAUUAAUGUUCCGCGUUGAAAAAUUGAGCAG